AUGCCAACGGCUGCCCUCAUUAAAGUUUCAGAUCCACGCGAUGGACGAGUUUCAUUCAGGCGUGAAGAUAGGAAGCAGGUAGUUCCAGUCGCCUCUCUCCAAAUCCUAUGCGUGGGGAUAACUCCUCUGAUCUGUGGUGGCUGUUGUUGCUUUUUCCAGCUGUUAUUUCCUUUUGCCAAAAUUGUGUUAGUAAAACCCUCAUCCUCAGUGCACAACACUCUUUCGCUCUUCCUCUACUUAAAUAUUAAACUGAAGCUCUUCAAAUAUCAUUCCGCAAUGGUGUCCGCCGACAGUGCUCUAAGGCUAGGCCCCUCGUCGUUCAACCCGAAAACUAUACCUGCAACCUCCUCCCUUUUCUCCAACCUACCUCGAGAAUUACGCGAUCGAAUAUAUGAAUAUCUUCUCCAUGGAUCAUGCUUCCAAUUUCUAGAGCAUAUUCUACUUGUCGUUCUCGCAAAUGAUGGCUCUGAUGGCUCGGUUAGCGGUCUACCACUUUGGCUCCUCACAAACAAGCAAAUCCUGAGCGAGGGACUCUCUGAAUUUUACCGUCAUGCCCGUUGCAUCCGGACUUCUAUGCGAAGGGAUGUUCCUCUGAAAUGGUGCAACCAAUGCAAGCCAGCCUCCGGCCAGUAUUCCUUUGGCGAUGCGCAUCUUCUAAGAGUACAUCAGAUCCAAACGAUUGAUCUUGACAAUAUUGAGUUCACCUACUAUACCAAGUAUCCAGAAGGCACACCAGCUACUCUUUUCCUCAAUCGUGGAUACCCGGUUCUCCCAUUAGACCAUUGGCUACGGGGUCAACGACACUCCCUAAAGAAUCUUAAACUCACGUUUCUUAUUGCAGGGUCUUACCCUUCAAUUUAUAAUGCGGAGGAAUGGAAAGUGGACCUCUCCCCUAUGAGAUAUUUGGGUACUCCAGCGAAUGUUGAGUUUACCAUUAAGGAACCGAGAUUGCUCAAAGGAGAUAUUGGCCACGUCCGCGCGUGUGCUGCGGUUCUACAACUUCUUCAAAUGGAGUUGGAAUUUAUGGCUAAGAGUUUAGUCGGUGCGGAGAAGAGCGGAUGCGUUGUUAAAGAUUGGAUCGCUCUAAAAGGCAAGUCCGAGGGCCAGUAUGAGGACACUUGGGAACAUGAAUGGCAUCUACGAGUGAAUCGAGGAGUAAAUCGAGCCGAGCGAAGGGAGGUUGAUAACGUUGGACUGCUGUUCUGGAAACUAUAUUCUCACCCAGACCAAAGCUACGAAAGAGUGAAGGGGAACCAGGAUGGAUGGAUGGAGUGGCGUUGUAAGAGGACAACUGAUAGAAUCAGGGUAGAGGUGCCUGAUAGCCGGCGCCUCACUCAAACCUCGCAACAUCCUAAUACAGAGGCCUCUUUCAAUUCUCUGAACCCCUUCGUGGCUGGUCUUAACAUCUUACACUUGGAUCUUCCAUCCAACUUCAUACUAAGCAUUUGUAUGACUUCAGUAUGCACGGGAGGGGUCGGCCAAAGGUCAUUGUCGAGGGCAGUGAUUGCAACUCGGGUACUGCGUAAUGCCAAAAUGGGUAUUUUGAGUAAACCCUCAGACGGCUACUACGCUGCGUGGUCCUAUACACUAGGGAAGUUUGAUGCUUCGCUGAUGACGGAACUGUCUGAGGAUUUCAAAGGCAAGGGGUCAGAAAUUUUGGCUGGUGGCCGUGGUAUUGGAAUGAGGAUUCCGCGCUACAAGGUCGUGUGUAGCGUAUCAUGUCUGAGUGAACAUGGUCGAUAUGGAUCUUCUUGA